AUGAACAGAGAUAGGUUCCGCUUUCCCGAAGCCCCGGAUGCAAUCAAGUUGUACAUCAUCGACGCCGCUUCUAAACCGAUCGCGAGGUACACCGUCCGUAGCUCCAACCUAAAUACUUCCGGCUUUCUUCUUGCGCUUCUACAGGAUAUCAGUAAUGGAUCGAUUCAAGUACCCUGGAACGGUUCCCUUCCACAUUUCGAAAUGUACUGGCUAUGGCUGAUAAGCCAUCAAGUCAAGACGACAUCGGAACUAAAGCGGACCAUUACAAACAACCAUACCGGAGGUCAGAGGACUAUGCCAGGCAUCACCACGAAAGAAGACUACGCCGAUCUGCUCCGCUGCUGGGAGAUAGGCCUUACCUUCAAAGACACGUGCUUCAUGGACAUGAUCGCCUCCUCGAUUAUCGACCGGCUGAGGGCUUGGGCUGAAACUACUCCCUCUACUUCGUCGCCACCCUUCAUUUACGCACUCUUGUCCGAACUCGUCCGUAGCAUCUACAGUCGUAGUAGUCCUGAGACGCCUAUUCGCAGACUGAUAGUCGACGCCGUGGCUUACUUUGGGCGAAACGGUGAUUUUGUACAUUUUGCUAGCGAAGUUGGGUAUCCGAUGGAGUUUGUCAAAGAGGUCAUGCUUGCGUUGGGUAAGCGGAAGGAGAUGCUAGAGACGCUGGCGCUUGGGGGUGGUGGGCAACCGAAGAGUAUCUUGAAGCAGAGCUCUGGCGGCGGCGCGAAAGUGGUCAGGUUCGGAACCGAGCAGCAGGGCGGUGGCGGCGGUAGCAGUGAUCGUGUACAGAAGGAGGUUUUCGCGGAGAAUGAGUGUGCGUAUCAUUUACACACAGAGGUUGGGGCGCCGUGUUGGCGGACAAGCGUAUAG